AUGGUUGAAUUAUUAGGUACUCAUUGUCAAUAUCCAGAAUGUAAUACACUUGAUUUUCUACCUGUUCAUUGUAUUCAUUGUUCUAAAACAUUUUGUAAACGACAUGGAUCAGCACCUGAUCAUUCAUGUAUAUCAUUACAACAAACAAAUUUAUUAAAUUCAUCGACAUGUUCAUCAUUUCUUCCGUGUGCUUUUGUUAAUGGUUGUAAAAAUCAAAAAGGUCCAAUUAGUUUUACAUGUUCAUUAUGUUUAAAAAACUUUUGUGUUGAACAUCGUCAUAUUGAUGAUCACGAAUGUCCACAUCGUUCUCAACAACAACCACCAACACAUUAUUCAUCUCAAACAAAUAAAAAUGAAAUAAAACCAGUAAAUAAUUUUCCAACAGAAAAAUUUCUUGGAACAAAAAAUGAAGCUUUAGCUAAUAAAGUUGCAAUCAUGAAAUUAAAACAAACAGCUAAAGGACCAACAGGUGUACCAAUGGAAAAUCGUCUUCAUUUAUUUGUACAAGUCGAUGAUAAUAAUGAUGGAAAUAAUAAACGUUACCCAUUUUAUCUUUCAAAACUUUGGCCAUUAGGAAAAGGACUUGAUUAUUUAACAAAAGAAUUAAAAUUAUUGCCAGCAAAUCGAUUGAUUUUAUUAGAACGAGAGCAAAUUCCACUUGAUUUAUCUACAACUAUAAGUGAUUUAGAACAAUUACAUGAGGCUGAUGUGAUUAUUUUAAAAAAAAUUUAA